UCUUGUCACAUACCCAACACAAAAUCAUAUACUUUUUAUCUUGCCCCACUUGUUAUAUAAUGCGCCACACAACAUUGUGAUUCUUGUUCAGAGAGCACAAACAACAUUCAAAAACAUGACUGCCCUCUUCUCUCUCUCACUUCUUCUCUCCUCUAUUUCUUUAGCAGCCUCGGUUUCCAUUCACCAGAGUUUCGUUCAGUGUCUCAGCUUCCACACCGACAAAUCUUUCCCCUUCGAUUCCUCCAUUUACACUCCAACCAGUGCUUCUUUCUCCUCCGUUCUUGAAUCCUCCGCCCAGAACUUAAGGCUCUUGGAGCCUUCCGCUCCUAAGCCUGAAUUCAUCUUCACGCCCGCCACCGACGCCCAUGUCCAGGCUGCUGUUCUCUGCUCCAAAAAGGUUGGGAUUCAUCUCAGAGUGCGCAGUGGAGGCCAUGACUAUGAAGGCCUCUCUUUUGUGUCUGAGACUGAAUCCCCUUUCAUGCUUCUCGAUCUCGUCAAGCUUCGAGGCGUCGACGUUAAUAUACAGGACAACACCGCUUGGGUCCAGGCCGGUGCCACCGUUGGCGAAGUCUACUACCGAAUUGCAGAGAAAAGCUCUGUCCAUGGCUUCCCUGCUGGCCUCUGCACCAGCUUAGGUAUCGGCGGCCACAUCACGGGAGGAGCUUAUGGUGCCAUGAUGAGAAAGUAUGGGCUCGGAGUGGACAAUGUGGUGGACGCGCAGAUGGUAGAUGCCUACGGCAGAAUCCUGGACAGAGAAGCCAUGGGAGAAGACUUGUUCUGGGCAAUCAGAGGAGGUGGAGGGGCGAGCUUCGGCAUUAUUCUCUGGUGGAAGAUCAAGCUCGUUCCCGUCCCGCAGACCGUGACAGUUUUUACGGUUACAAGAACCUUGGAGCAGGGUGCCACCAAGAUCAUCCAUAAAUGGCAGCAAGUGGCUCCCAACAUCGACGACAACCUCUUCAUGAGAGUCAUCAUCCAGCCAGCCGGUAACAAAACUCAGAGAACCAUCACCACUUCAUAUAAUGCCCUGUUCCUCGGAAACUCUAGAACGCUCCUUGAUCUCAUGAAGAACAACUUUCCCGAUCUGGGUCUCGCCAGAAAAGAUUGCCUCGAAGUUAGCUGGAUCAGGUCCGUGCUUUACAUUGCCGGUUACCCGAAUGACACGCCUCUAGAGGUCCUCCUUCAGGGCAAGUCAUCGUUCAAGAACUUCUUCAAAGCCAAGUCAGAUUUCGUGAGAGAACCCAUUCCAGAAGAAGGGAUUGAAGGGUUGUGGAGCAGGCUGAAAGAAGAAGACAGCCCCUUGAUGAUUUGGAACCCAUACGGAGGAGCCAUGAGCAGAUUCUCAGAAUCAGAGACCCCAUUUCCUCACAGAAACGGGACGCUGUACAAAAUCCAGUACCUGACCCUGUGGGGUGAUGGAGACAAGAACGAGGCGAAGCAUGUGGAGUGGAUCAGGAAGCUUUAUAACUACAUGACGCCUUAUGUGUCGAAGUUCCCAAGGGAGGCGUACGUGAACUACAGAGAUCUGGAUUUGGGGAUGAACAAGAAGAACAGUACAAGUUAUAUAGAAGCAAGCGGGUGGGGGAGCAUGUAUUUCAAGGAAAACUUCAAUAGGUUGGUGAAGAUAAAGACCAAGUAUGAUCCGGAGAACGUGUUCAGGCAUGAACAGAGCAUCCCGCCACUUCCUGUGUCAUCGGCUGCUAGCAGUAUCAGCUAGUGGGGCUGAAAUUUGAAAAGGCAGUCGAAUAUUGUAUGAAGGGAUGCAUGACGAUGGUUUCGGAGAAUAGACUGUUGUAUGAUACUUGAUGGUCGUAAUUAAAUAGCUGAUGCGUUAUUUUGUGUUUGGUGUGUGACAACAACUCGUGAAGCUAGGCUUGCUUUUGUAGAACGAACGCAAUGGGUCUGGGUGAUUCACACGUCUUGUGGUGCAAGAUUGGUUUACAUGAAAUAUCAUAAAAGUAGAACACUCGAUCUAUGAGUCUAUGAAUAGCAAUUACUUAUUAAGAAAUAUAUGAAAAAUUGGAGAGCAAA